AUGACAUGUUACUACCGAUUAGAAGACGAAAGACUGCCUCCAUCGGCGAUUCCUUGGGAUUUAUGCACCCACAUCCUCAUCAGCUUCGCUACUGUCGGCUCGGAUUUCCGCAUCAAUACCACGGUUCUAGGUGGAACUGACAGAAUACAAAGUUUCUUGGAAUCCACUUCGGAGCUCAUGGAGCGAACAGGGCUCGACGGUAUCGAUUACGACUGGGAGUUCCCGGCCUUUUAUCAAGGAUUUGAACUUUCGAGACUAUUGCGACGGACUAGAUAUUUGCUCGACCACCUCAGUGUAAAGAUGCGGAAGACUUUCCAACUAUCGGUCGCUCUCCCCGGACCGUUCACGCUCAGUUUCGGCUACCCCGUCGAGAGUCUUUUGAGGAAUUGUGAUUUCCUUAACCUCAUGACCUACGACCUGGUCUUACUGAACCCGAUCUCGAAACGAGCGGCUCUGCACAACGCCUUGUACCCACAAGGCUUCUUGUACGCGGCCUUCACGGUAGACUUCGCGACAAAGUUCUGGCUCGUGGCGGGGAUUCCGCGCCGCAUGAUCUGUCUCGGAAUCCCCACCUAUGGGGUUGCCUACGAAUUAAUCGACAAGGUGCGGAAGGAACUGCAUGCUGGCGUGAGAGGUUACUCGAAGUUGGGGAGUAAUGUCGGAUAUGACACGAUUUGCCGACUCGCCAACUCAUCAUCUGCCACAACGAGAUGGUCCGAAACGAGUAGAGCGCCAUACAUGGAUGACGGCAGAGGGAAUUGGAUUAGUUAUGAUAACGUCCGGAGCGUGGAAGAAAAGGUGGAUUACGCCAAACGUCAGGGUCUUGGGGGUUUGAUGAUCUUCAGCCUGAACGCCGAUGAUCAUAAAGGAGAAUGUGCUCAAGGUCGGCUUCCAUUAAGCCGAUCAGCUCAGAGGUCUUGGAUCUGAUCUACACCGAUCCCCGAUCGAUGAGAGAGAGAGAGGUUA